AUUGGUCGAGUGUGUGAACAACGCGAAGUCCCGUGAAGCGGUGCAGGAACAGCGGUGUGCAUUGCGUCGGAUUGCAGCGGGACGAUCCACCGCAGACCCGAGCACGUAGGGCAGCGGCCCGGCGGCGUAGUCAGCGCGCGACGUCGCGUACGCGGCGGCGGCGUCCUUUCUCGCAAAGCUCGUUCUCGCGAGCUCUCACGAGACCGCCAUCGGAGACGGGAUUUCUACGGCGGCCAUGGUGGCGUGUGUGUGUUGUUAGACGGACGACAAGAGGGAAGCGUCGAUCCUAAACCCCGUAGGAAACGUGAACCCGCACCCGUGGUCCCAACGCCGAGCCGCCGAAGCGCCGCCGUGAAGCGAGCUGGGACGCCGCCGCAGUGGCCACCGCCGUGGGCCCAGCGCCGGUGAGGCCUCGCCGCCUGCCGUACCGUGCGUACACCACCACGACGGCGAGCGCGAUCGGCCCCCGAGGCUCCGUCGCUUGGACGAUCACAGACCGCAUGAACGGAUUACCGUCAGUACGUGCGAAGCGCCACGCUGCCGCCGCCACGCUGGGCCCCGGCCUGACCGAGGCCUCCUAGUCCCAUGGCAACCACGGCAACUCCGACACAGCCAGUGCCAGCCACGGACGGCAGCAAAGUGCUCAAGAAGCGGAAAACGGGCUGCUACAAGGACUCUGAUGAGGACGACAGUAGCCAGGGCCCCAAGUACGCGAGGAUGGACGAGGACGCGCUUCAGGACAAGGACCGCUUCGGGCGGCUCUCGCAGGGCGGGGCCCCCCUUUGGGGCUCGGGCCCCCUGGGCGAAGGACCCGGCGGCCCUGUGGCCGACGCGGGGUCCCUGGCGGGCCAGCACUGCUCCCGGGACAGCGGCGAGCUGCUCGAGACGCUGUCGGCCAAGAAGGAGAACCACAGCGAGAUCGAGCGGCGCCGCCGCAACAAGAUGACCGCCUACAUCACCGAGCUCUCAGACAUGGUGCCCACGUGCAGCGCCCUGGCGCGCAAGCCCGACAAGCUGACCAUCCUCCGCAUGGCGGUGGCUCACAUGAAGUCUCUCCGAGGAACUGGCAAUACAAGCAGCGACGGAACCUACAAGCCUUCUUUUCUCACAGACCAGGAGUUGAAGCACCUGAUUCUGGAGGCUGCAGACGGCUUCCUGUUCGUGGUGUCCUGCGACACGGGCCGGAUCAUCUACGUGUCCGACUCCGUGGCCCCUGUGCUAAACCAGUCCCAGUCUGACUGGUUCAACGCCUGUGUCUACGACCUUAUCCAUCCCGAGGACGUGGACAAGGUGCGAGAGCAGCUCUCCACUCAGGAGUCGUCCAGCUCAGGACGCAUACUGGACCUCAAGACCGGCACAGUCAAGAAGGAAGGCCACCAGUCGUCGAUGCGACUGUGCAUGGGUUCCCGGAGAGGGUUCAUCUGCCGCAUGAAGCUGGGGAAUGUGCAGCCUGACGUGCAGGGGUUGCAGAGGCUGCGCCAGCGCAAUGCCCUGGGGCCCUCCCCCGACGGCUCCGCCUACGCCGUCGUCCACUGCACGGGCUACAUCAAGAACUGGCCGCCCUCGGGAGUCCAAGUGGAGCGGUUGGACCCAGAGGACGGUGCCAGCCACUGCUGCCUGGUUGCCAUUGGCCGGCUCCAGGUGACCAGUGCACCGAAUGCCAGCGACCUGGUCGGGUCAAACUCCAAUGCCGAGUUCAUCUCGCGGCAUGCCAUGGACGGCAAGUUCACCUUCGUCGAUCCCAGGGUGACAGCGGUGCUGGGUUACCAGCCCCAGGAGCUCCUGGGCAAGACGUGCUUUGACUUCUUCCACCCGGAGGACCAGAGCCACAUGAAGGACAACUUUGAGCAGGUGCUCAAGAUGAAGGGCCAGGUGAUGUCGGUCAUGUACCGGCUCAGGGCCAAAAACCGCGAGUGGCUCUGGCUGCGCACCAGCAGCUUCGCCUUCCUCAACCCCUACACCAAUGACGUCGAGUACGUCGUCUGCACCAACACCUCGGCCAAGACCCUCCAACAGCAUCCGUCGGCGGACGAGGGCGGACAGCCGGGAGGAGGGGCGUCACCCGCUGAGCUCUCCCUGGGGGGAGGGGGUGGAGCCUACCCUGGAGUGCUGCCCAAGGGCCCGCCAGAGGGCCUCGACUACUCCCUGCCCCGGCCAGACGUGUACGCACUCGCGGGCCAUCCCAGGGGAGCAGAAGCACGCAGGGGACAGGCCACAGUCGGGUACGGGGGCGGUGCCGGCUACGAGCCCCAUCUGGGGGCCUACGGGGGCCUGGCCCAGGGCACGGCCUCUCCGGGCCUGCUGGCACGCAUGGCCAAGGGAGGCCCCGCCCCCUCUGGGCAGGGGGCGUCGCCCCCUCCGCCCCCACAGCAGCAGCAGCAGCAGCAAGGCCCCUGGACGCAGAGGCAUCUCUCGCAGGGCACAUCGCAGGAGCAGUACAGCCAGGGCUACGGUCAGAUGAGUCCCUCCUCCCGCAGCCCCUCUGGCCCCACCUACACCCAGCUGGGCUCUGCGCCGGGCGCCAGGGGUCUGUGGGGCCAGUGGCAGGGCCCCGGUGCCUCCGAGAGUCCCGCGCCCCCUUCUGGGGGUGGCGGAGGGGGCUCUGGAGGUGGACCCCAGCCCGUUCAGCCCUCGCAGCCCCCGCAGCAGGAACUGUCCGACAUGCUCCAAAUGUUGGACCAGUCAGGCACGGCCUCGUUCGAAGAGCUCUCCAUGUUCAACUCCUUCUCCGAGUGAAAGCGCCGGCCCCCAUCGUCCCCGCUUCAUUGCAGCAUCGGAUCGGGUGUUGGGAGGACCUAACGGGGGGACUGGCGUCCGAAGGAGUGGACUGUGCCGAGUGCUUUACCUUGUUUCGUGGACUCACCAGUGCAGUUGGAUGAAGGGGGCCUGGAACGGCCCUUAGUGGGGCGCACCUUGCAAGCAGAGAAGACCCGCCACUUGUUCAGUCAGAGUGACCCUUCUUCUCUCGUUUGAAACGUCGGGUAGCGCAAUCGAGACCCUUAGGAAACAUCUCGCGCAUGGCGUUGUCGAUCGUAGCGUUGUCCACCGCUGGUGCCCCCCUCUCCUUUGGGACGAAGUCCCUCAAUGCCUUCUUCAGGCAGCGACAGAUGCCAACGUACGAGGCGCACGUCUCGUGCGGCUUUUGGGGUGAUGUGGCACCGGAUCGAACUGCCCGAGUGCCGCGCCUCGACCAGAACCCGCCCGGGACGCCCCGUGUCGUACGUCGGCACAUUCGACGACUGUCGGUGCUCGAAAGAGGCGCGCAGUGUAGAUUAAUUCGAGGUACUCGACCGCACCAGGCUCGUGCCGCUGCAUUCCGGCAAGCGGGCCAGGGAGGCGUCUUUGUUGUCCUGCACGCACACGCUGCCUAGGGCAGGUUUUGCGCAGAAAGGGCGCCUUACUUAAAAGCGGCGUCCGCAAGACGCGCUUCCUCCCCUCACGACCGUACGCACCCUCCCCGUCGCAUCGGGGCAUUUUUACGUUUUCGUUUUGCUCUCAUCUUCCCGAAUCUUCCCGCCUUUUCAUCAGCACCGCGCCUGCGCGGCCACUGUCGAAAAUCUGCGAGCGCGCUUUCCGUAGCCCGCGCAACACAGCCUUGGGCAUUUGUUUGGUUUCUGGCUGGGGGGUUCUGGAAGUAGAGUUUUUUGGGGAGAGGGUUAGGCACCCUUCUCUCUUUCUUUCUCACCUCGGCAGUGGGAUUGGGGUGCCGCGGUUCCCCGGCCCUCGAGGGUAGGAGUCCCUCGUUUGAGAGAAGGCGGCUCCCACGCGAGCGUCGGGAAUGCACGCGACGGCUGGAUCUCUGCGUUCCACGCGUGAAGCGACCCGCCGUUUCACGUGCAACAAAGCUGCAACCUAUUUUUUAACCAAACCUUUUUGGGGGAGGGGGUUGUGCUGCAAGUGCUCUGUACACCUACCCACGAACCGAGGUCACAAAUAUAUUGGAAUACACUGCA